AUGGAUGGGCCGCGGUCCGGCCAUCUUGAUCCGUGCUUUCAGCCAGUUCACCCCACAGCCGGACACGCAACGUUAGUGGUCCUCGGUUUUUGCCCCCGAUCGAAUCGCGUUACACUUGCGGCCGUUUUUGCAGGUCUCCUUCCCACUCCGACUGGGCCUCGCGUGUUCGAGAAAACCAUCCUCGUGCCUUCCUCCGCGUUUCUUCUGCUGGUUCAUAUCGAAACUCAGCUGCGGCUGCGGGAGCAGUGGAACUGGCCGGAUAUCACUCAGGAUAGAGCGCUUAGGAGUACAGAAUGCUCCAUACAACAGAUUACUGAGUACUCUCUACCAGUUCUUAUAAAACACCGAGAUCCUAUUGGGAUCGUGGUCGCUCUGUUCGGACUUAGGCGUACGAUACGGACUAGCAGUCUUAGCAGACGUCGUCGUCGUUACAAGCAGGCAAAAAGGAAAAGACAGACAAAAAGCCGCCUCUCCCCAUACAAUCAAUUGCAUCCGCGAGUUGAUUUCCAUCCAUUGACUGUCAGCAACCUCACCACCUGCGCAAGGCUCAUCGUCCAACGCCCUCCGCCUGUCCAGAACUGCCGCCCCCGUUCCCUGACGGGGAGAAGCCGAUGCCUGGGGAGCCCCUCCGAGUCGGUAUUGCCGCGCACGGCCGCGAUUACCAGGCGUAACGCGAAUACAGGUGGUACCGUCACGACGUCCAGGCCCGCUGCCAGUCCAGCCAGCCCAGCCCUGCCCGCCCGGCACCUUCCUCUCCACCACCACCACGGCCUGCCUGCACUACGACCUCGAACUAAUCCUCCAACCACCACAUCCGCUACAACCUCCUCCUCCUCCACCUGCCCAUCUGCCGCCGCUGGCCCUGUCGAAACCAACCCCCCCCCGACGCUGCGCCGUCUCCCUGUGUUGGUGUCCGGACGACGAUCUCUCAUCAUCUCCCUCGCCGCCCCCAUCGCAUUGACUGUUCACCACGUUGGCGCUGGCCGCGAAAGACGACAAGCUGGAUUUCCCAUUUCACGACAGUAUCGUCAACGGGGGGCUGUUGCGCGAGUCCGUCUUCCCGGACUGGCAAGAUGGCGCCCCCCGGAGCCCGGUGGAAAGCCCCGACGAGAUGCAGAGGAAGGAUCCUCUAGCGACGCAGAUAUGGAAGCUCUACUCGAGGACCAAGUCCAGGUUGCCCAACCAGGAACGCAUGGAGAACCUGACCUGGCGCAUGAUGGCCAUGAGCUUGAAGCGCCAGGAAAGGGAACGAGAGCAGCGCGGCAGACGCUAGCUGCUGCUGCCCCUGCCAUUGCCCCUCUCUUGCUUCGGCGUUGCAACAUCUCUCGCUCUUAUCUCUACCCUUGCCUUGGGGAUCUCUCAGGUCUUGCUGCUGCUUCUCAGAAGAAGGAGAAGGAUAAUCCCGCUCCCAGCGGCAUUGCUCAGCUUCGAAAGUCCUCUGAUCAGACGGUUGUUACAACCACGACUGAGAGCACGACCACCACCACUGCCACCACGACGGAAAGCACGACAACCGCUGCUGAGAGCACGACGACAUCCGCCCCCGCGGUGGAUUUCAUGAACCUGGACGACUUCAUCAUCCCUUCCUCGAUCGGCUCACCCGCGGGCGUUCCCACCUCUCCCUCAGCUGACAAGACAUCGGCGGACAAGACGUCUGCUGAUAACACGCCGGCUGAAAACACGUCGGACUCUGGCACCGCUGUGGCUUCCGCCAUCCCCAUCAAAGGUCGCAAAGGUCAGCAGCCGUCGUCGCAUGGUAACCUGGUGCCAGCAUCUGCGCCGUAUCCUCCUCAGGACCAGCGCCGGAACGAGGAGUUCAGCUACGUCCAACGCCGGACUCGCAAGCGACCGGCCGAUUUCUCGCCUCAAGUACAUCCAGUGGGUGGGAACCUGAUCAUCCCCAAUGAUCCGGACCUGGAUGCCGGCAUGACGGACUACCACCUGGACCAGCCUCACUCGGCGUUCCCAAGCACUAAUCACACCUCCCCGAGCGUGCCCUUCAGUCUGGAGACGUUCCAUCUCAACGAUGAUCCGAUCCUCACUUCAGCCGGCCCUUUCCAGCAGAAUUUCACCUUCUCUCCGACAGAGUCUCCGGUGGUGACGACGGGUCCGUUUGGCCAUCUCUACGCCCAAACGCCCAUGGGCUCGUCGUUGAACUCGACCGAUUUCUAUUCGCCCCCGCCUUCCGGCUACCAGUCUACCGCCUCCACGCCGCAGCCCUUCGACGGGGACCACCCCGUGUACUUUGAGCAGGGGUCGAUCGAUGCACGAUCUCAUCGUCGAGUGCCGACCUAUGCUGCCCAUCGAUCAUCGAACCUGACGGCAUCGUUGCAGCCUCGUUACAUGUUCAAUGCCAACAACAAUAACAACAGCAGCAACAGCCACAACAACAGCAACAAUGAAGGUGCUGCAUUCAAUUCUAUGAGCGGGCCGUCCUCCAAUAUUCCCUCGCCCGGGUUUUCGAUGCCUCAGCAACACGUGGACCCGUCCCGGGUGCUCGGACAGGGUGACUUCUCCGCAGCCCCUUCACACCAGAGCUUGAACUUGACGAGCAGCGAGAACAUGUUUACCUUUGGCGCUGACUCCGACAACGAGGAGGAAGACGGCAACCCAUUCCCAGACAGGAGCAUGACCAUACAGACCGACUUCCACUCGGUGGAUAAUGGGUCGAUGGAUAUCAACUCCGGGAUGCAGUGGGAUGCCUCUUUCCCCGGCCACUUCAACUCGAUGCCCAAUUUCACCAGUCUGCGGCAUCAAAAGCACGUCACGAUUGGUUCUGGUGACCCGAUGGAUCAGUCGCGGGAUUGGAACGAGGGCGAAAGUCUCGGUCGGGCCCACGGGUCUGCAGCGUCCAUCAGCGAGAUGCGGAACCGAGAUCAGGAUCCAAGGAGGCCCAAGAUCGCGCGUACAGCGUCGACUCCCAAUACCAACCAGCUCGCUCACCAGAGUAUGAACAACCAGUCACAUACGUCGCCAAACACGCCGCCCGAAUCCGGGGUCAACAGUGCUGUUCCAUCCCGGCCGGCAAGCCCCGGAGGCCAGAAGAAUAAUGAGCAGAGCGGUAACGGCCCGACGACUUGUACGAAUUGCUUUACGCAGACCACGCCACUAUGGCGACGCAACCCGGAGGGCCAGCCUCUAUGCAAUGCCUGCGGUCUGUUCCUGAAGUUGCACGGCGUUGUUCGUCCGCUCUCCCUCAAAACGGAUGUGAUCAAGAAGCGGAAUCGAGGCGGCGGAAACAGUCUGGCCCUGGGGGCAAACUCCCGAUCCAAGAAGAAUACCCGGAAGAACUCUGUGCAGCAGACGCCGGUGACGACGCCGCCGACGUCGAGUAAAUCGCAGAGUGCCAAUGCCUCCGAGUCUCCGCCUUCAACGGGCUCGACUGCGGGCACGACGCCCACCAGUGUUUCUGGCGGGACCAAGAGCGGUGUGGUGCCUAUUGCCGCCGCUCCUCCCAAGUCUACGCCUUCAGCCGGGGCUACCCAGGCACGGGGGUCGGUGCAAGUUGCUCCGAAGCGCCAGAAGCGACUUGACAAGGGCUCGAUCGGAUCGCUGUCAAGCGUGCUUCAGGAAAAUGAGACCGAGGAGGCUGGUGGGAAAGCUUCGGGCAGGUCGAAAGUUGUCCCGCUGGCUCCGGCGAUGCCUCCUGCGGCGACCAACCCGGCGCAUCACAGUCUCGCUGGGGGCCAGAGCGGCAGCAGUCAGGAGUGGGAGUGGUUGACAAUGAGUCUGUAG